AUGCUGCAGUUCCGCACGCAGGGUUUCAACGGGACGGCUGUUGGAUACUCCCCGUUCUUCGAUAAUCGCAUCGCGGUCGCAAGCUCUGCCAAUUUUGGGCUGGUCGGAAACGGUCGGCUCUGGGUCUUUGAGUUGACAGCCCAGGGUAUCCAGCCCAUGAAAUGGUUCGCCACACAAGACUCACUCUACGAUCUGGCCUGGUCGGAGAUUCAUGAAAACCAGGUCGUUACAGCAUCCGGUGACGGAAGCAUCAAGCUAUUCGACUGCACCGUGAACGAUUUCCCGGUCCAACAAUGGAAAGAACAUAAUCGAGAGGUUUUCAGCGUGAACUGGGGCCCAAUCGAAAAGGACAAAUUUUGCUCCAGCAGCUGGGAUAAUACCGUGCGGGUCUGGUCGCCACAUCGCCAGCAGUCCCUACUCACUCUCCCCAUCCACUCCUGCACCUACUCCGCAACCUGGUCACCACAUAAUGCCAACCUCCUCUCCUGCGUCUCGAGUGAUGGCUAUGUGCGUCUCUAUGAUUUCCGCACCCCGGCCUCUGCUUCAAACCACCGAGUUAUGCAAUUUCUCAAUUCUACACCGCGGGGCGCACCGGGUUCAGAAAAAUUACCGCCCAACGCUACCGUCCCCAACGAAGUGCUCACUCAAGACUGGAACAAAUACCGCCCGAAUGUGCUCGCGACAGGUGGCGUGGACACUGCCAUUCGCGUAUUCGAUAUUCGAGCCUGUGAACAAGGCGCUGCGACAACCAUGGUAGGCCACAACUAUGCUGUCAAGAAAGUAGCCUGGUCACCACAUCUUUCCAGUGUAUUAUUGAGUGCUAGCUACGACAUGACUUGCCGUGUAUGGAGUGACGGUUCAGAAACGGUGCCGGCUGGCCAGGAACUGGAGUUUAUGCGCUCGGGUCCAACUCUUGGAAGGGAGCUAGGCCGAAUGGCCAGGCAUACGGAGUUCGCAACAGGUAUCGACUGGUGUUUGUUUGGAAACGAGGGCUGGUGUGCAAGUGUUGGCUGGGACGAGAACCUUUUCGUGUGGGAUGUGCGGGGCUCCAUGACUUGA